AUGGGAGAAAGAGCAAUCAAGAAAGUCAUCGUGCUCAGUGCAAGCGGCAAUAUAGGACGUCCGAUCGUCGAAGCACUGAUCGCCCAUCCAUCGAACUUCCAAGUGUCCGCCGUCACUCGAGACAAAAGCAAAUCCUUCUUUCCAGACAGAGUCACCGUUCUCGAAUCAGACUACUCCCCCGACUCCUUGCGAAGCAUCUUCGCCGGUCAAGAUGCCGUUGUAUCGACAAUGGCACCAACAUCAGUCGCCCACCAGGGCCAAAUCAUCGACGUAGCCAUCGAAUGCGAUGUCGUUCGAUUCUUGCCGACAGAAUACGGCGUCGAUACAUCAAACAGCGAGCUUCUCGAAAAGUACCUCCCUAUCGUCAAAUCGAAACCUGAGAUUGUCAAGUAUCUGAGGUCGAAGGAAGACAGAAUCUCCUGGACAUGUAUCAUCAACGGAAGCUUCUUCGAUUGGUCUCUACGAUCGCCUAUGGUCUGGAACAUUCCCGAGCAGAAAGCUGUGAUAUUCGAUGGAGGCGAUAAGGAAUUUGAGGCUACGACUCUGAAGCAGGUUGCUUUGACCGUUGCUGCUGUUCUGUCUCCUGAGUGUCAGGCUGCGACGGCGAAUCGGUAUGUGUAUGUCAACAGCUUUACAUUGACGCAGAACCAAGUACUUGCUGCUUUGGAGAAGACGACUGCGGACAAGUUUGAAGUCAAGCAUGAGAGUGUAGGGGAUUGGCAUCGUGAGGCUAUUGAAGCGGUGGAGCGGGAUCCAAAGUCAAGAGUUGGGAUGAGCAAGAUGUUCGUUGCAAACAUAUACAAUGUUGGAGGACUCAAUCAAUACUCUAAGUAUUCUGGCGGGCUAUGGAAUGAUCGAUUAGGUUUGCCUAAGCCAGGUCUUCAAGAAGUGGUCGAUUCGUUUGUAAAAGAGAACUCUGCCUAA